CCCACUCUCUGUUAAGGAGGCUCGUCUCCAUUGUCGUCGUAUAGUUUGCAUAUUCCUUGGCAAAAUUCAAAGCUUCUCAAAGUUCCUGUGAAUACUUUCACUUUCAGUUUGAAAUUCGACACAAUCGGCGAAGAGACACAAAUCUUAAUUUCGUUUCCGUUUCGAAUUUGGUUUGGGAAUAAUUUUUAUAUAAAAAAGGUUAGAAAAGAUCUAUUGGAAGGUUAAAAAAAAGGAUGAAAAAACGAAAUGAACGUGAAGUUGAUAUACGAAAAGCUCAUAUUAAUGGAUUUCGUCCAUUUGUAAAGUAUCAUCCUGUGGGAAGUUAUCAAGGAUGUUUCCAUCAUAGUCAUUUUGAUGGAUAUGGUGUAAAGACCUUUACAAAAAAGAAUCUUGUUUAUGAUGGUCAAUGGAAAGAUUCGAAAUGCCAUGGUCAAGGGACGUUAAGGAAAAUUAAUCAAGACGGUACAUCAGAUCGGUUGUAUGUUGGACAAUGGACCAAUGGGAAACGUUGUGGUGAGGGUAAAAUGUUCCACAAAGAUGGAAUCUAUUAUGGAUUCUGGAAGGAUAACAAACGAUCUGGGAUUGGUAUAAUGUGGUAUAAAGAUGGAAAGAUUUUUUUGGGUGAAUGGAAAAAUGGAUUUUAUGAUGGAGCUGGAAUUUUGAUGUAUGCUAAUGGGAAUCGAUAUGAAGGAUUUUUUGAGAAUGGUAUGAAACAUGGUGAAGGAUUGUACAUUCACAAUGAAACGGGUCAGGUUCAAAAAGGAAUGUGGUAUCAGGAUGUAUGUAAAACAUCGAUUAUGUUUGAUGAGUUUAGGAAUCAAGCUAUAAGACCAACACCAUAUCCUAUUGAAGAGAUCCAACUUUUAGACCCAAACAAUCUUGUUAAGACACUUUUUAGAGAAUAUCUCCCAGAGCCGAUUUUAAAAACAGAAAAGAAAAUCUCCUGCAUCGACUUUAUAAUAAAAAUGAGAACGAAACUUCUGGGUCUCAGAAUUUAAGUAAUCAUCACACAGCGGCGGCUAAUAAACACUCAUCUUCAAAUAUCACAUUUAAA